AGCCACGAUUCGAGGCGAGUGCCGAGUGCAGCUGUCGUGGUCGGUGCCCUGGAAGCCAGAGCCUCCAAACACACACCCUACGCUCUCUGCCCGGACCCCAGUUUCAAGCCAUCGGUGCGUCUCUAUCUGGAUACCGCUGUUUUUUGAUACAUCCAGUGGGUCGUAAAUCCUCGACGAACGUGAAUUAUUAAGCAGCUCGCUACGCAGCGUGCUCAUAUUUUACAGUUGAGAGAGCUCCGUGGAGGAAAACAGCCCCAAGAUUUCGAAAACAACGAAAAUGGUCUUCGACUGCGGAGUCUGGUGUGCAAAGUAUUUGCUUUGCAUAUUCAAUUUUAUAUUUUUCGUGCUAGGCACAAUUAUAUUCGGCAUCGGACUAUGGCUGGCCGUGGACAAGCACUCGCUGAUUGCUCUCCUCAAGCUGGUCGAGAGCGAGCGCAUUGAGCAAUUUACACAGCCGCAGGCCAUAGAGCAGCUGGCCUAUGUGCUCCUCGUCAUCGGAGCCGUCAUGUUCUUCAUGAGCUUCUUGGGCUAUCUGGGAGCCAUGCGCGAGUCCCGCUGUCUGCUCUCGACGUACGGAACAUUCCUGAUCCUGUUGCUGGUGGCCGAGAUCGUCGCCGGCGGCCUGGGCGCCUUCUUCAAGGACAAGGUGCGGGCCGAGAGCAAAAACUUCUUGCAGACGACCAUCACCAGCUACUCGCUGGGCGAGAAUGUGGACGCCACCUCGCUGAUGUGGAACCAGCUGAUGGGCAACUUUGGCUGCUGUGGCAUCAACGACUACCGCGACUUCGAGGCCUCGCCGGCGUGGGUCAGCGGCAAGGGCAACCGAACCAUCCCCGAUGCCUGCUGCAUCCUCAAGGAUGUGGCCAACCAGGUGCCACGCGACGAGGACUGCACAACCAAUCCCAGCGACAGCAACAGUUUCUACAAGAAGGGCUGCUACGAGGUCUUCACCGAGUGGCUGAUUCGGCAGCGCGAACUGAUCAUCGUGGCCAUCGCGGUGGGCAUUGUGCACCUGGUCCUCAUCAUUCUGGCCUUCGCCCUGUGCAAGGCCUUUGCCAAAUACAACGACAUGCGUCUGUAAAUCCCCGACGACGAGGACAGCGGAUGUUGUGACAGUUUUCAGAGUUAGCAAAGUAGACGUAGGAACGAGCCAAAACAGCAGAGCAGCAGAACAGCAGGACAGUGAAGAGCGAGACGAUCCCUCCUAUGACUCCCCCAAAACAAGUAAAGAAAUGGAAAAAACAACGCCCUACCGAACACCGCGACGUGCUCAACGGACACAAAUUAUAUAAUGCAUUUGCCGCAUGGAACGGGACAGACACACUCACACACGGUUUAAUACAGCUCUACUCUAACAAUAAGCUAAGAUCAUAGCCAGCAUAAUCCAUUUACCGAUAAUAUUCAAGAAUAUCUUACACGAAAUGUUGCUCAACGGUUUGCCAGCAAUGAGAUCGGGGAGGUUUUACGAAUGAAACACACACACUUGGAAUAUUUAUUUGUAAAUCUGUUUUGAUAGCAGUUUUAGUUGUUAAGUAGUGAACUACGAUAUGCGUAUAUUGUAACUAUUUUGCUUAGUCCAUUACGAUUUUGUUAUGCAAUCGGGCAUUCGAAAACCACUCAAAAACAUCACAGAAACCACAUAGAUUAGGGCGCAAGACGACACGCGAAUGUUUUGAGAUUGAGCGAACCAUGAAAUCAAUUUUGAAAGGUAAUUUUUAACGAGGCAAGAAGCAUUAGGCCCAUUUAAAUACACGCAUGCAUAUAUACAAAUAUCGAUUGAAAAAGAUAAAAACAUAAAACGAAGUGAAAAGGCAUUGACAUUGUACUAGUAUGUGUAUUAGUUGGUAAGUCUCUAACCAUAAGUUGUAACUUUAGUUGUUUUUGCUAUGGCUAUCUUCGAGUUUUUAACUACACACGCCGGCGACCCCGGCUCUUUUGUUAAAAAUGAAUGUUGUACAUUUUUGAAUUCUAUAUAUACAUAUAUAACUAUUAUUAAUGCAUAUUAUAUACACGUAUGUCUGUAGUUUACUUAAUGUACUUUUUGGAAACAGCGCGAUGAAGUCGUAAAGCGAACGCAUAAAAGCAUUAAACAAAACACACAAAAACGAUAAAUCCCCCAAGAACGCGAAGCAAAACCCCAUUUAAGAUGUACAUUUCUGAACGUGAAUGAAAAAGUAAUUAAAAUAAAGAAAAAAUAAAUCAA